AUGGAGGGAUUGAUCAUUGGUGUGAAGAGAAUCACGAUUUUUGAGAUGAUGGGACGUGAACGAGAGAAAGAUGGGGAGUCGAGAGAAAAAGAAGAAUUGGGUAACAUGGAAAGGAGAGAAAAAACCUGGCAAGAGAGGAUAGGUGAGUUGAGCCUUGGAGCUAGAGGUAAGAAGAGCAGAAAGGGGGAGGGAGGGAAGAAGUCGGAACAAGGUGAUGGUCCGGAUCCAACGACAAUAAAGAUCGCGGAAGCGAGUAGCAAGGUCUCGGAUGGAUCUGAAAAUGCCAAAAUUCAGAGUGGCGAUCAGGAGGAUGGGAAGAUGAGAAAAGAGGAUAGGAGAAAUGAAGGAAGUGAAGAUGUGAAGAGUGUGGACUAG